AGCGCUCUGACCCAGAGCUCGGCCGCCGCGGAGUCGCCUUCCCCCGUCGCAGGCCGAGCGUGGGCCGCGUCCGGCCGCCGGAGAGGGAGCCAUGGGGACUGUGCACGCCCGGAGCCUGGAGCCGCUGCCGUCCAGCGGGCCUGAUUUCGGAGCGCUGGGAGAAGAGGCUGAGUUUGUCGAGGUUGAACCUGAAGCCAAACAGGAAAUCCUUGAAAACAAAGAUGUGGUGGUUCAGCAUGUUCAUUUCGAUGGGCUUGGAAGGACUAAAGAUGACAUCAUCAUUUAUGAGAUCGGAGAUGUCUUUAAGGCUAAAAACCUUAUUGAGGUGAUGCGGAAAUCUCAUGAAGCCCGGGAGAAGCUUCUUCGGCUCGGAAUUUUUAGACAAGUGGAUGUUUUGAUUGACACGUGCCAAGGCGAUGACGCCCUUCCCAACGGGCUGGAUGUCACCUUCGAAGUGACAGAGCUCAGGAGACUGACAGGCAGUUACAACACCAUGGUGGGCAACAAUGAAGGCAGCAUGGUCCUUGGCCUUAAACUCCCUAACCUUCUGGGACGUGCAGAAAAGAUGACUUUCCAGUUUUCCUAUGGAACUAAGGAAACUUCGUAUGGCCUGUCCCUCUUCAAACCGCAGCCUGGAAACUUCGAACGCAAUUUCUCUGUGAACUUGUACAAGGUGACUGGACAGUUCCCGUGGAGCUCGCUCCGAGAGACGGACAGGGGCAUGUCUGCUGAGUACAGCUUCCCUGUGUGGAAGACCAGCCACACCGUCAAGUGGGAGGGCGUGUGGCGCGAGCUGGGCUGCCUCUCCAGGACGGCGUCGUUCGCGGUCCGGAAGGAGAGUGGGCACUCGCUCAAGUCGUCCCUGUCGCAUGCGAUGGUCAUAGACUCUCGGAGCUCGUCCAUCUUACCAAGGCGUGGGGCCCUGCUGAAGGUGAACCAGGAGCUGGCCGGCUACACGGGCGGGGAUGUGAGCUUUUUGAAGGAAGACUUCGAGCUGCAGUUGAACAAACAGCUUGUGCUUGACUCAGUCAUCUCAGCGUCGCUGUGGGGUGGAAUGUUGGUGCCCAUUGGCGAUAAGCCAUCCAGCAUCGCCGACAGGUUUUACCUCGGGGGCCCGACCAGUGUCCGUGGCUUCAGCAUGCAUAGCAUCGGCCCGCAGAGCGAAGGUCUGUCCACCCGGGGUCACAUUGGCGUCUGCUACUCACGUGACUACCUGGGUGGAGAGGCGUACUGGGCUGGCGGCCUACACCUGUACACGCCGCUGCCCUUCCGGCCUGGCCAGGGCGGCUUCGGGGAACUCUUCCGAACCCACUUCUUCCUCAACGCGGGGAACCUCUGCAACCUCAACUAUGGUGAGGGCCCCCGUGCCCACAUCCGGAAGCUGGCUGAGUGUAUCCGCUGGUCCUAUGGCGCGGGGAUCGUGCUGCGGCUCGGCAACAUCGCGCGGCUGGAGCUGAACUACUGCGUCCCCAUGGGUGUGCAGCGAGGGGACAGGAUCUGUGACGGCGUCCAGUUUGGAGCUGGGAUAAGGUUCCUGUAGCAGCUCCCCCUGCAGAAGCAGCGCUGGCCUGUGGCGGCUGAGCCUCUGGGUCCCAGGUGCUGCCCGAGUGACCGUGGGGCCGUCCUCAGAUGGCC